GGCCUCCUCAGCGGCCCGGCGGGCUGGCUGCAGGGCCCGGCGGAGCGCCUUUCGCAGCGCCGCGGGCAUGAGGCGGGCAUGAGGAGGGUAUGAGGCGGGCGGCGGCGGGCGAGGUGAAGGCGACCUUGCCGCCGCUCCUCCCGCCCGCAGCGGCGGGGCGGGCCGCCCUCCUCACGGCAGGCUGCAGGAAUACGGAACACUUUAUAUUCAGGAAUACAAGAAAAACAGCAAAGUGGAGUCAAGUACAUGCAGCAGCUUCAUGGGCUUGAAGGAUCAUCUGGGGCAUGACUUAGGCCACCUUUAUGUGGGGAGCACUGGCACACAAAUAAAUGCAAUUGUACCUUGGUCAAUGGCGGAGAAGCCAACGAUGGAUAAGGUGAAUUCUAGGAAAGAAGAUGUGGACAAAGAGGCAUCUGAAGAGACUUCUGGAAGCUCCAGCUGUGACUCUGAAGAAAGUACAAAUUCUGAUAAUGAUUCAGAGAGACUGAACAAUUCUGCAUCAGAAUCACAUUUAUUGCCUAAGACUCACCGGCAGCUGUGCCGAUCUCCUUGCUUAGAGCCUCAUAUACUGAAAAGAAAUGAAAUCUUGGAAGACUUUAGGAUAGAAGAGGCUCAGAUAGUACCUAAGGAAGUCAAAAAGCCCCCUGAUGUAGUGAAAGAAUAUCAAACCAAACUGGAGUUUGCACUUAAGUUGGGUUACUCUGAAGAGCAGGUUCAACUUGUACUAAAUAAACUUGGUACUGAUGCUUUAAUAAAUGAUAUUUUGGGAGAACUUGUCAAACUUGGGAAUAAAACUGAGACUGAUCAGACUGUAACUAAUGCUAACACUACUGUAAUGCGUGAAGCGUCUUCCAUAGAGUCUCAGAGGUCAGAGUCUCCACUGCAGGAGGAUGUGACGGAGGAUGGUGACAACCUGAGGCCAAUAGUUAUUGAUGGCAGCAAUGUUGCGAUGAGCCACGGGAACAAAGAAGUAUUUUCGUGUCGAGGAAUCAAAUUGGCAGUAGACUGGUUUUUGGAGAGAGGCCACAAGGAUGUUACAGUGUUCGUGCCAGCAUGGAGGAAAGAACAGUCGAGACCCGAUGCUCUUAUCACAGAUCAAGAAAUCUUGCGUAAAUUAGAAAAGGAGAAGAUUCUUGUGUUCACACCAUCCCGCCGAGUGCAAGGGAGAAGGGUGGUAUGCUACGAUGACCGAUUUAUAGUGAAGUUGGCCUUUGAGUCAGAUGGCAUCAUUGUUUCUAAUGAUAACUACAGGGAUCUAGCUAAUGAAAAGCCUGAAUGGAAGAAGUUCAUAGAUGAACGCUUGCUGAUGUAUUCAUUUGUUAAUGACAAAUUUAUGCCUCCUGAUGAUCCUCUUGGCCGCCAUGGUCCCAGUCUGGACAAUUUUCUUAGGAAGAAGCCUAUUGUGCCAGAACAUAAGAAGCAACCAUGUCCAUAUGGGAAGAAGUGUACCUAUGGACACAAAUGCAAAUACUAUCAUCCGGAAAGAGGAAAUCAGCCUCAGCGAUCUGUGGCUGAUGAGCUUCGUGCCAUGUCUAGAAGCACAGCUGCCAAAACUACAAGUGAAGGAGGACUGGUAAAAAGCAAUAGUGUUCCCUGCAGCACGAAAAAUGAUGGCACUUCUGAGCUGAAGCGUGCUACUCCAAAGAGGCAAUCAGAUCCUAGUAUAAGGACUCAAGUCUAUCAAGACUUGGAGGAAAAGCUUCCCACCAAAAACAAAUUGGAAACCAGGUCUGUACCUUCUUUAGUUAGUAUACCAAGUUCCUCUGCUGCAAAACCCCAAAGCACUGCACCUUUAACUAACGGCCUUCCCUCCGGAGUUCACUUCCCACCUCAGGAUCAAAGACCACAGGGACAGUAUCCUACAGUGAUGAUGGCAACCAAAAAUCACGGAACGCCAAUGCCUUAUGACCAGUAUCCAAAAUGCGAGUCUCCUGUGGAUGUAGGGUAUUACUCUAUGCUGAGUGCAUAUUCAAAUCUAAGUAUGUCUGGUCCACGUAGUCCUGAAAGGCGCUUCUCCUUGGACACAGAUUAUAGGAUUAGCUCUGUAGCUUCUGACUGCAGCAGCGAAGGGAGCGUUAGCUGUGGCAGUAGUGAUUCCUACGUGGGUUACAGCGACCGCUCUUACAUGAGUUCGCCUGACCCACAGCUAGAGGAGAACUUGAAGUGCCAACAUAUGCACCCCCACGGCCGCCUUAACACUCAGCCCUUCCUACAGAGCUACCACGAGCCUCUCACACGAGUGCAAAGCUAUAGUCAUGAAGAACCAAAGCAUCACCACAAACCUCCGAUUCCGUACAUGGCUGUGCAUCUACAGCAUCCAACAGUCGGUGCUCGUUCUAGUUGUCCGAACGACUACUCUGCAUCUCAGAGUUCGUCACAUUCAAAGACAAUGCAUCUGGGGAGAGCCCUCGUGUCCACGAGAAUAGACAGCAUUUCAGACUCACGUUUAUAUGAUAAUUCUCCACUAAGACACAGAAAGCCUUAUUCUGGCCAAGAUGGGCUUGGAAGCUGGGAUAGGCAGAGUUACGGGAUGGAUGCCUAUGGCUACCGCCAGACCUACUCCUUGCCGAGUAACCCCACGCAGCCGUGUUACGAGCAGUUUGCCUUCCAAAGCUUACCUGAACAGCAGGACCAGACCUGGCGCGUACCUUACUGUGGAAUCCCUCAAGACCCUCCAAGGCACCAAGACACCCGGGAGAAGGUUUACAUAAAUCUCUGCAACAUCUUCCCCCCUGAUCUUGUGAGGAUCGUCAUGAAGAAGAACCCUCACGUGACGGACGCUCAGCAGCUCGCUGCAGCCAUCUUAGUGGAAAAAUCUCAGCUAGGUUAUUGAGAGAUGAUGCAUCUUUGUGGUGUCUAGUAGUUUUCAGCUCAGCUCUAAUGCUGAGGGAGGUUUGCUACAAUAGCAUUUGGGAUCUCCUUCUCAGCAAGGAGGUUAUAUAGUAAUCCGUUUAUGUGAAAUACUGUAUCAUGGAGUCUGUAUGUAUAGCCCCAUGCAUCGGAAGUACCAGAUAUGUUUUGUGUUCUAGUUUGAAAAUUUUUAAAUGGCUAUUUUCACAGCUGGAGAAUGUUCCAGUUUAAAUUAAUAUAUAUAUAUAUAAUAUAAAAAAAAAAAAAAUCUGUGGUCUCUGGUUAUAAUCUUUGGUGCAUCAGGGGUUUAUAUGCAGCACUUUCUAUCCUCGUUACAUGUUGUUGGGGUUUUUGUUCUCGUUUUUUAACUUGCUGGAUGUUUGUCCUUGGGCUGCGUGGUAUUAAAACAACCUGCAGAGAGAGGAUUUUGCUACUUCUGGCAGGCAAUUUUCAAGCCAAGUUUUUGAACUUUUUACAACACCAUGAGUAUGUUUGUUUGUUUGUUUGUUUGUUUGUUUUUGUGAGCUUUUUUGUGCUAUAAUCAUCUAUUUAUAGGAAACAAAGAUUUACUACAGCACUGACUUCAUUUUUUAAACAGAUAAUUAAGUUACCAGCUAAUGGUGAAAUGGGUAACAAUAUAUUAGUAAUUUAUAGUAUGGCACUUUUCAUUGCUUUCUUUGUUUUGUUUAAAUAGUUACGUGUUUUGUUGAUGCAGUCAAUUAGUAAGAUCAGAUGCAAUCAGAGUAGGACAAAAAAAAUCUUUCUUUUUUUUUUUUAAUUAAUUUAUGGAUAAGGUAAAGGCCUUAUUGCCUGAUUUUCAAAGGUGCUGAGAAUUUGCAGCCCCCUUUGAACCUCACGGAAGCUGCAAAGGCUCAGAACCUCCCCAAAGCAGGCCACCCUGUUCCAGUUCCCGUGCGUUGUUACCCAGCUCCGCGUAUUUCUGGUCAGUAGAAGGGAGCCUGAAAUCGUAGGGUCCCGUUUAGUCGUUUUAUGUGGUUUUUUCUUUGUAUUGCUGCACAAGUGUACUGGAUAAAAUAUGCUUUUCAUAAAAUAUUUACCUGUUUUUAAAUGAAUUUAAUUAUCUCAAUGCAACUUUUGUAUUUAAGAUACUGUUUUGAUUUUUCUUGCUAUUUAUCAAGGCUGGCCUGAAAAGGUUUUGUGUGUUGAGGAUAUGCAACAUUUAUUAACUGCACUAUGGUAAUGAUAUUGUAGCUGAAAAUAAUAACUUAAACUUUUUUUUUUUUCUUUCUGUUUCGGUUGGGGAGGGGAGGGUUGCGGGGAGAGAAGAUACCGUAUGUGUUCCUGAAGUUAGUUUUUGGACUGUUGCAUCGUGUAGGCCUGAUUCUUGCCACAAAUAGUGUAGUUUUAGAAACAGACAAACCAAGUCUGUUUUAGUAUUAGUAAGGGAUAUUUCUGGUUUUAAGUCAUGGGUUUUACUAGCACCUCGUAAGCUUUUUUAUAUGUAUAUGAUAGAAAUAGAUUUUGCAAUUGAUGUCAGAUGUACUUACGCGACAUAGUUGACGACAGUUUUAGGUUUCCAUCCAUUGUAACAAUGUUCAGUGUUAAAAAAAAAAAAUCACUAGUUUACACUAUUACUGCUGAAAAUUUUGGUACGCUUGCCGGAAUUUAAAGUAAGGCCCUGAAGAACCAGAAAGUACCUUUUACUGUUGAUACAAAUUGUAUCUUUUUAACUGAGAACUAUUUUGAUUUGUAGAUUUAGUAGAAACACAAAUGUAUAAUUAUAACUAGUCUUUUGGGCAACAUUUUAUCCCUUAUUUAAAAAUUAGAGAUUUCAGACAUAGAAUAGACCUAGGCAAGUAAAAGUAGGUAUUUAUUUAGGUGUCUGUCUCAAUUUCACAUCUUAAAAAGAAAAAAGAAACUAUUGGCAUCUUCUUCCUUCUAAAAUCCUUGUAGUGGGAACUCACUAAAAUAAAGGUAAAAUGCUGCCUGAAAAUGAUGUCCAAGCACCUUUGAAUACGAAGACGUUUUCACUACUUGUGCGACACCGUGUGUUGCAGCGAGUAGGGUUUGGGUAUACAGUAAAUGCUUCUAAAGAGCAUUGUGCUUAUAGACAUAUCCAAUAAUCUGAACCAUGUUCAGCAAACCGAUUCAGGACGUAGCGCUCGCGCAGCUUCCGCUGCUGAUGCGCUGCGGGAUCUGCCGUCGCCUGUCCCUGCGGCGAUGCCGGAGGGGCUCUACGCCAUCUGUCCUGCCUUGUCUGUUUAGGGAGAGGAACCUCUUCACCUGUGGCAACAGUUUUUUUCCCUGGAUUUGGUUGGUCGCCAUCCAUAGAGCGUGUUGUAAUGUAGAGGUCGAUGCAGCGCUGACGCUGAGGUUUGGACUGGGAAAUGGGUCUCAUCUUAGUUGUGCACUAAGAUUUUUUUUAAAAAAUGGAAUUACCCUUAAGUACUACACCAUAGUGUAGAUGCAGCUGUUUUAAUAAUGCAGUUAUUAUAUUUGUGUUUUUAAUGGGUUUCUACAUUUAUUUUUUAUGUAGGAAUUCACUUCUGCCAAAAGUUGAAUUCCUUUAAGCAUGAACAGAAACGUGCGCGUAAUAGAGGUGUUUCUUCUUUCUCCCUAUCACGUGAGCAUCAGAAUGCUUCCUACUACCUACCUGUAGCAGUCUGGCCUGGAGUGUUGGACCAGCAGGCGUAGCCAUGUUGUGAAAACGGUGCGAGGAGACACAUGGGACUGUCGUGCUGCAGUGCCCAGACCUGGGUUAUCAGUAUUGAUUGCCUCCGCGUACAUUUAAUGCAGUAUUGAACCCCUGAAAGUGUGUUGAUUGCUAGAGAAUUUGUUAGAGGUUCUGUGCUUUGUACUCAAGCACUGAAAAUGCUUUAAAAGUAUAAGAACAGGAGCAAUUUGGUGGGUUUUAUGGUUGUGCAAUGAUGUGCUAGCUCCCCUUAGACUCUUUUAUGUUGGGUAAAGCAAAUUUACUGUGGACAAAAUAUUGGCCUUGGUAUUUCCUUUGGUUUUGCUGUGAUAAUAGAAUGAGGAGUUGCAUGUGAACUCCUCAGAAUGAGGACUUGCGUGUGAACUCCUCCACGUCAAAGAGAUCAGCCUAGAUAUUUAGCAGACUAUAGAGAGGACACCAGUAAGAAAGAAGAAAGCAAUGAUACUGGUCAAAUACUACAUUUGUCAAUGUAAUUGCGUUGAUGCAGAUAACUGAUCUGUAACAUCCCGCGUUUCUUAAACAGUAGAAGGUGGUUCAGUGAUGCUGCCUUUGCCCCCGUUGAGUGCUAGAACUGCAGGGAAGGAUAAAUACCUUCAGGUUAGGCCUGUCCCCCAUGGAGAGGGCAACGCUUCCCUUUGUCUUCAAUACUUGAGAGUUGUUUUGAUAACUUACCAGAAACUCUGUAUUUUUAGAUACAAUCCCAAGCUGUUACAGCUACAUCAGUAAUAGUAUAUAGAUACGCAGUAUUUUGAAUGCACAUUUACCUUAGGCAUCUGCCCACAGCUGUUUUCUAUACAGCAACGUGUUGCCAAUAUUUAGAGUUUUUAAAUAUGUCCCAUGGAUACCCAACUUUGAGCUAAAUAUGCCCAGGCUAUGGCAGUAUUAAUCACUUUGUUGUCUUUUCUUUAAAAAAGCGUGUGUGUGUGUGUGUGCAUAUCUACCUGCACACACACACAUACUUGGCAAGUGGGUUUAAGACGACCGCUAAUAGUCUGAGGUAAGAUCAUAUCUUUUCAGGUGCCCUUUAUUUUCCUCGGUAUGUUUGAACUGUAGCUCGGGCCUCCACUGCAGAAUAGCUCUGGGGGGAGCCAAAAGGCCGAUGUGUUUGUGUGAAAGCCGGUGUGCCGCUCUGGUGAAGCCCUUGAAGGGGACUUUGGCAGCCUCGGAGCCCGUGGACUGUUGUUGAGCUGUUGGCCAUCUUCUGCUGUGAAAGCUGUAGCUAACGGUGAACGCUUUUCUAAAAAUACCCAAGCUAUGGCUGGCAACCGGAGUACCUCACGGGGGACGGAAAGCUGGGGGGCGUUCGCCCCAGCAAGGGGAGCGCCGGAGGACGGAAUGCCUUGGGUGAGAGAUACCGCAGCACCUUGCUGCAGGAAGAGACUACCAAAACAUUUACCGGCUUCAUCAGCUGAUGGUUUGACCAAGGUAUUUUGGAUGUGUAAAGCUUGAAAAAUGAGACACGAUGCUUUCGUGCUGUCCGGAGCAUUUAGAAAAAUACCCAACUGAGUUUGCAUUGCUACUGAAAAUUUAAAAUACUGUGCAAUUAAAGAGACCAUUUUUUUAAAAUAAAAAUAAUUUAGAAAUUAUUUAUUUUGAUUUACAGUGUGACUCUUGCUAAUUUAUUCCUUGCAUUAUACGGCCGUGGUGGAGCGCUGUUUAUAUUUUUUAUUUAUCAUAGGAACUAAAACUGCUGAGAAGAAAAAACCAGUAGUUUUAAACUUAAAACAAAACUCUGUGGCCUUGUUUUGUUUUUCAUAAAAGGGCUGAGGUUUUAUAACUGUCAAAUCAUGCAUUUUAUAUACUUUGUACAUUUCAGAGAAGCGUAGUUUUAAGAAUUUUGUUCAAAUUCAAUGUGUAUGUGCUCAUUGUUUAGACUAACCGUGUAACUGGUCCUAAAAUCACCCGUGUUAAAUGGUUGUUCCAGCUAACCUGUUGCUAGGUGACAUGAGAGAUGUUCGGGCUUGGUCUUUAGAUGUUCUGGAAUACGUUUCAUGUAUCUUAAGGUUCCAUCAGAAACUGGUGAUCGAGUCGCCUUAUCCCACGUGAAAUCGUCCCGCUGUGUGCUGGGUUUUCCUCGCGGCGCGUUACAAGGUAAUGCCCCGGCACACGGGAAGCGCGUAGCAGAUGUUUAUACAGGCGCCAUCGGGUUGUUCGUGGUUAAUGAAUAUGCUUUCAGUAUUUUUCCAGCUUCCAUUUUCAGGACUUAAAGGGUUGUCAUAACUUGGAGUCAUAGAAUCGCCUAGGUUGGAAGGGACCUUUCAGACCAUCUAGUCCAACCAUCAGCCUGACUCUGACAAAAACCGCCACUAAACUUGUGCUUGAAGGUUUUCUUCUCUGUCUGCCCUUUAACCUGAGGGAUCGCAGUAGUGCCCGUCCCCUCCCUUGGGCUUAACAGCUGUUCGAGACCCAGUCUCCCCAGCGCUUGCACAUACGCCCCACGAGCCCGAGGACGCGCGUGGGCCCAUUUUAGUGGCGCUAGAGAAGACCUGAGUAAAAGUGGCACGUGUGGAAGUGCGGGAGGACCGGGGGCCUUGAGGAGCACAGCUGGAGCACAGCUGGGGAACCGCCUGCUCCCAGAAGGAGGUGAGAUCUCGCCGGUGCUGGCGGGAUUGGACUCUGUGGGCACUGGGAACACCUACAGACCAAAUCUGCCUGGGUGUUUAAGCACAUCCAUCCUCAGCAUUUCAAAGGUGUUAACAAUCUACUCUUCUCCUUGUAAAACAAAACCUCUCCGCUUUUUGUAAGCCAACGUUUUCUCUUGGUCUCAGAUGAAGUCCAGUUUACCAGGUUAGGUUGGCUGGUUGGUUACUUUUUAUUUAUCUGAAUGACAUUCUUAAUGAAACCGAUAUUUGAAAACUGUUUUACCAGCGUAUUACAGAACAUCCUGCAAGGAAACAGAAAUGCAGAUACAGCAGCAAUAAUUGUGUUUUGUAGUUCCUUUUCCCCUCGUUAUCUCUGUACUUGUGUUGAGUAAGUAAGAUUUUAAUACUGUCCUAAAGUCCGCUCCGGCAAAAACAUUAGUUAAAAAUAAUGUUUGGAGUAGUUGAUAAAGCAAUUGUCAAACUGGCUCUUCGUUCCUUCACUGGUCGUUCUGUAUUAUUUCUGUGAUGUGACUAUUCACAUCUUAAAACCACCUUCUAAACCGUACAAAAAACCCCAUGUAUGUGGAUUCUGCUUUUAGAGAAAAAAAAAUAAUAAAGAUUCA